GCGGGCGGCGGGGCCGAGGCGCGGCCCGGGCGGCGGCUGGACCCGGGAUGCUGCCGGCGAUGCCGGACGGCGACGAGCGGGAGCUGGAGAGCAGCGAGGAGGGCGGCGGCGGCGCGGGCGAGGAGCGGCGGCCGGAGCGGCACGACAACACGUACCACAGCUUCUACGGCUACCGGAGCUGCAGGUCCCCGCAGCAGGGAGCUGACAGCGGGGAUGGCAGCCCCGGCAGCACGGCGGCAGAGACACCCACCAGCGAAGACUUCAGCCUCUCCUUGCUGGACACUAACUUACCCGCUGAAGCAGAGACCGAAUUGCGCAGCUUUAUUGCGAAGCGUCUUACUAAAGGAGCCUUGUUUGAAGGAAUGGGGAACGUAGCAUCAGUGGGACUGAGCAUACCAGAAUAUAAAAUUGGUUGUUAUUACUGUCAUUUCCAACAAGAAAAUCUUCCAGAAAUGGCAACACUGGAACCAGACAUCAAUGCUCCAGAGUAUGUGGUUUGUUUCUUAGGUGGCUCAGAGAAAGGUCUGGAACUUUUCAGACUUGAGCUGGACAAAUACAUUCAAAAUCUGAAGAUAAACCAGAUAAACCUUGAUUUGGAGCAAAAAACCUUGGAGACCUCUGUUAAGCCCUACUUGAGCAGCUGGUUUGAAAAUGCCAUAUGUCCUAUUCAGAGAGUUGUCCACCUCUUCCAGGAGAAACUCGCCUCUUUGUUACAUGCUGCUCUGAGUUACACUCCUGUGGAAGUCAGAAAUGCAGAUGAAAGAACAGAAAAAGACAUUAGCAGGUUUCUGGCAGCUGCCAGCCUCCAAGGACUUGUUCAGGAAGGCACAAUGACCUCCUUGUGUAUUGCCAUGACAGAGGAACAGCACAAGUCAAUGAUUGUAGACUGCAGUGGACCUCAGCCUCAGUUGCAUAAUGCAGGAAGCAAUAAAUUCUGUGAGGACUGGAUGCAUGCCUUUGUGAAUGGUGCUGAAGGUGGAAAUCCGUUUCUCUUCCGUCAGAUCUUGGAAAACUUCAAACUGAAGGCUAUACAAGACAUCAACAACCUGAAGAGGUUUAUCCGCCAGGCUGAGAUGAACCAUUAUGCCUUGUUCAAGUGUUACAUGUUCCUGAAGAACUGUGGCAGUGGAGACAUCCUUUUGAAGAUUGUUAAAGUAGAACAUGCAGAAAUGCCAGAAGCCAGAAAUGUGGUGACUGUCCUGGAGGAAUUCAUGAGAGAAACAGCAGUGGCUUAAAUGAUUUUAAUUGUUCUGUACUCGUUUGAGGGUAGUGUGAAAUCACUGGUUUCUUCUUUGCAGCUUAGGUUCACUAGUGUGGCAUUUUGCUUUUUUCUUUAAAAGUAUUACCUAAGUUGCACUUUUCUCUUUUUCAGAGGAAGCAGGAUGAGCUUUUUUAAUGUGUAAAUAUCAGGCCAUAGAAACUGCUGCAUAGUUUCAGUGCUUACCAGAGUCUCCAGCUGACUUGCUCCUCUCUGGGGAAAUCAUGCCAUUUGGUUUUUACAGUCAUUGCAUGAAACAAACUCAAAUCCCUUAACCUUGUAAGCACUGCAGUGUUUUAAGUGUUUUAAAUAUCUUUUGAAUGAUAAUGUCUAAUCAUUAAGAUCUGGUUCCUUUUGUUUUAAUAUAUAAAAAAGCACAAACAUGUGGAUAAAUCAAUAGUAAAUGAAUUAACCAUUAGUUGAUAUGAGAGCAUGGGUGACAAGGCUGUAGCUAGUUUCUACAUUCCACUUUCACAGGGGCAGUUUGUUCUGCUGUUACUUGAUAAGCAAGUGGGUUAGUGUGAAGCAGAACUGCCUUUGUGUGUGCUGGUCUGUGCACACACACCAGACAUGUUCAAUUCCCAGGCUAUUUGAUGAAUCCCAGUCUUCAUUUGUUUGCACUGUGGUCAAGACCUUUUCAUGUUCUCAGCACCCAUUCUGCAUAAUAAUCAUGUUUUUCAACCAUAAGGAAUCAAAACCUGAAAAUUUAACAGAUCAAAUAUUAAUUUUAAAUUAACUGAAACUUCUUCAGCAACUGAAGUAAACUAAAUUCCCAAGUUACUUACUCAGACUUUAAAACACAUCAUUGUAUUUCAGCAGUGAAUUCUUACCCACAUCACAGGACAUUUAGACAGCAGAAUACUCAAAGAAAAGCUGGAAUCAAAACUUACAAGGUGUCUGAGUGACCAUGCAAACAAGGACUAUUCCUGCAAACCUGCCAGAAGCACCAUUCCCUGUGGGAAAGCUUUCCUUUGCAGCAGAGCCUGUUGGAAUGCCCAGCUUGGGGCACUGGAACAACUCUCCCUGAAAGGGUAACUGCAGCAGUCUCAUGCAGUGAAGUUUGUUCUGCCAGUGCUGUGUACUGUGAUGAUAAAGGUUGAGUGCUUUCCUGUGACACCACAGGGUGGAACAUCUUGUAAGGUUUACAAUAAAACAUUCAAAUCCUUAA